CUGGAGGACCUCCUCGUCCACCAGCCCCCCAAUGCCGUAAGCUGCACCGGUGCUCUAGCAACUGUUUGCAUGCCUUGGGGAGGCGGAGAGGCUCCUGCCUGCCCACCCAGCCCCCCCCCCCCCGGGAUUUGGAAUAGCCCGAAGGGGAGCUGAGAGGAGGAGGAGGAAGCGAAGGGGGCUGGAGGGAGAGAGCAGGCAGGAGGCAGCCGCCUUGGCUGGGAAGAGAGAGAAGCAGCAGUUCCCUGCAGCUUCCCUCCCUCCUGGGAGUCUUUGGCUCAGCGCAAAAGGACCCCGUUGCAUGAAACGUUGCCUGCGUUUUUACGCACACACUAAUAAUCCCGCGCUCAGCCCGGAAGACACGUUGCUGGUUGCUGAAUGGCUUUGGAUAAAGAGGAAGCAAAAAAAGUUGAAGCCUACUCCAGAGAAGAAGGAGGAAACCUGAGAAGCAGGAGGUAGUUCUGAGAGGCAGAGAGUGGAAAAACCCAGUGGAGGAUUGUUGGGAGAUUCCAGAAGGAAAAAAGAGGGAAGAUAAAAGACUAAAAAUUCGAGCAAAUUGGAACAAUAGGAAUGGAUAGCCCGAUACGCAAUGUGGAAUCAAAAAAAUAAUGCAGAGAGAAAGAGAAAGAAGCCUGUACUCUCCGCAUAUGAAAUGUUUAAGACCUGAAUCAAGCUCUGAACCUCAGUGGCAAAUGCACACAGGUGAGAAACUACAUGAAUGUUUGGCGUGUGGAAAGAGCUUCAGCACAAGGGGAAAGCUUACUGUACACCAUAGAACACACACUGGGGAGAAACCACAUAAAUGCUUGGAGUGUGGAAAGAGCUUCAGUACAAGUGGAGCUCUUAUUGUACACCAUAGAAUGCACACUGGGGAGAAACCACAUAAAUGCUUGGAGUGUGGAAAGAGAUUCAGUAGGAGGGAACACCUUUGUGCACACCAUAGAACACACACUGGGGAGAAACCACAUAAAUGCUUGGAGUGUGGAAAGAGCUUCAGCCAGAGAGGAAAUCUUUCCUUACACCAUAGAACCCACACUGGGGAGAAACCACAUAAAUGUUUGGAGUGUGGAAAGAGCUUCAGCAAGAGUGGACAUCUUGCCUUACACCAUAGAACCCACACAGGGGAGAAACCACAUAAAUGCUUAGAUUGUGGAAAGAACUUCCGCCAGAGUGGAGCACUUGCUGUACACCAGAGAAUCCACACUGGGGAGAAACCAUAUAAAUGCUUGGAGUGUGGAAAGAACUUCAGCGAGAGGGGAGCUCUUAAAUCACACUAUAGAACCCACACUGGGGAGAAACCACAUACAUGUUUGGAAUGUGGAAAGAGCUUCAGCAUGAGUGGAGGGCUUACUUCACACCAAAGAAUCCACACUGGGGAGAAACCACAUAAAUGCCUGGAGUGUGGAAAGAGCUUUAGAACAAGUAGACAUCUUACUAUACACCACCGAACACAUACUGGGGAGAAGCCACAUACAUGCUUGGAGUGUGGAAAGAGCUUCAGGCAGAUUGGAGCUCUUACUGCACACCAUAGAACUCACACUGGGGAGAAACCACAUAAAUGUUUGGAGUGUGGAAAGAGCUUCAGCCAGAGGGGUAAUCUAACUUUACACUAUAGGAUCCACACUGGGGAGAAACCACAUAAAUGCUUGGAAUGUGGGAAGAGCUUCAUUAAAAGUGAACAUCUUACUAUACACCAUAGAACUCACACCGGAGAGAAAGCACAUAAAUGCUUGGAGUGUGGGAAGAGCUUCAGCCAGAGAGGAAAUCUUACUAUACACUAUAGAACCCACACUGGGGAGAAACCAUACAAAUGCUUAUUGUGUGGGAAGAGCUUCAGUGAAAGUCAAAAACUUACUAUACACAAUAGAAUCCACACUGGAGAGAAACCACAUAAAUGCUUGGAGUGUGGAAGGAGCUUCGUCCAGUUUAGAGAUCUUACUAUACACCAUAGAACCCACACUGGGGAGAAACCACAUAAAUGUUUGGAGUGUGGAAAGAGCUUCAGUACAAGUGGAGCUCUUUCUGUGCACCAUAGAACCCACACUGGAGAGAAACCACAUAAAUGCUUGCAGUGCGGAAAGAGCUUUAGAACAAGUAACCAUCUUACUAUACACCAUAGAACUCACACUGGGGAGAAACCACAUCAGUGCUUGGAGUGUGGAAAGAGCUUUAGCACAAGUGGAGAUCUCAAUAAACACCAUAGAAUCCACACUGGGGAGAAACCAUUCAAAUGCUUAGAGUGUGGAAAGAGUUUCAGCAUGAGUGGACAUCUUAAUAGACACCAUAGAACCCACACGGGGGAUAAACCCCCUAAAUGUUUGAAGUGGGAAGAGUUUCAGCCAGAGUGGAGCCCUUUCUGUGAAGCACAGGACCCACACUGGAGAGAAAGCCCAUCAAUGCUUGGAGUGUGGAAAGAGCCUCAAUAGAUGGGCAUACUUUACUGUAUACCAAAAAACUCAUAUUGGAUUAGAAAGAAUCCAUAAACAUAUUUGGAGUCUGUAAAGAGUGACUGUGGAACUUGAGAUCUUUUACCAGAAGAGCUUUCUCCACUAUCCUCAUGAUGACCAGUUCAGUGUGUUUUUAACUCUCUCUUAGUCUAUACUCAUCUUAAUUAUACAAGAGACCUGGUGAUGGCACAUAAUAUGGCCAAAUCGACUCAUUCUUCAGGCAUAUCUAGGGUCUACGGCUCCUUGGGAGGUCCAGUAAUCCAUGUGUCUUAAAAAUAUAUGUAUGAGGGAAACAAGUGAAGAUUAUCUCUUCCUCCCUUGUUCAUUUGGCACAUUUGAGGGAGAUGAUGAAGGGGUCACUCUUGCAUGGAUGUUUGGAAUGGGGGUGGCCCCAGAUGCUAGUUCUUCAUCCUCUUCUCAACCAUGCAUCAGAAAACUCCUGGGGCAGAGAGGGAUGAACCAACCAAUGGUCCUAAAUUCUGAGAAGGUGGAUGCUUCUCCGACAUUAUAAGAGAUAGUUGCCCCCAGAGCAACACCCUCCCAUUCUUAGGCAACUGGCAAGAGCAUGGAGUGAGAGAGGAAAUGGAGAGAUUAGACUAGAUUUAGAUUAAAUUUAUUAUGGUGUGACAUGGGGAGGGGGGGAGAAACACUAGAAACAAGGGUUUUUUGGUUACAGACACUCCAGUACAGCAGAUAGCUUAUAUCACAUCCAUCUCUAUCUCUAUAUAUAAUUCUCCUAAACAUACCCAUCACUGAUCCCAUGUGUGGCAGCUCUCACGAGAGUUUGCAAGCAGCUGCCUGGAUAGCGACGGGGAAGGGAACAGUCAUGGUGGCCAAGCAGGUGGCUGGUGGGCUGGAGGAGGAGGCUGGCUGGCUGGCCGGCCAGCUGCUGGGAGGAGGGGGCGGGCAAUGGCAGCUGGUGAGAGGGGGGCCGGCUGACUGGCCAGCUGAAAAUAAGGGCCAGCAGUGGAGAGGGAAUACAACUGAGGCAAACUAGAGGCACAGAUGUUCUCUGCCUAGCCCAGCUAGUUUACAAUAUUAUGGAUACACUAAACCAGGCCUGCACAACAUGAAGGCCGGAUCAGGCCUGCACAACGUAAGGCCUGGGGGCUGGAUCAGGCCUGCACAACAUAAGUCUUGGGGGUGGGAUCUGGCCCACAGGGAUCUUUUUACUGGUCCCCAGGAAGUUUUUAACACAAGGCUUUUUAGAGUCCUUUAACUGGCAUCUCCUUCAGAAUCGAGGGUGUGUUCACAUAUUGGACAGCUCUACCCUGAAGUCCUGAAUUGUGUUUGAAGAGAUCUCCCCAAUUGGUUGCAAAUCUCCCUGGUAUGUGAAUGCACACCCUCCAUUCCAGAGAAGAUGCAAGCUAGAGGGAUUUAAAAGCCCUGCGUGAAAACCUUGCUGGUUCCAAUGGCUUCUCUGAUGUUCCUCCACCAAGCCAUUUCCUUUAUACCUGGAAAGGGCCCUGAUGGUGUGGGGGAAUGGACAUGAACCCCCAGAUGGAAAGAUGACAGGCACCCCGCUGGAGUAACCUAACCCAGAAGAAACCUCCAGGGACUUUUCAGCCUCAACUUCCAGAAGUGGGGUGAUCAGGAGAAGAUCAGACCAGGAAGACUCCCUCCUUACAAUCUAAUCUUCUCCUGAUCACCCUGAUGUGUUUAGAAAACCAAAGAAACUCCAUGUUUGCCCAGAAUACCACAUUCUAACUCAAAGUAACCCCAGCUGAGCUCAGGGACAUUACUGCCUCUCAUGAUCAACGUCAUUAUCUCUCUCCACUAAAUUGUAUCUAAGGAAACUUGGUUCUCACAGGAUUCUCACUGUUCUUUGCUGACAAUUAAGAAAACAGGAUGUAACCAAAUAAGGAGUGAUCACCAGAUGAACAAUGAAUCAUUCGCAUGUGUACUAGAUACUUAGUCCACCAUUUUGUUGCCACGUAUACUAUGUCUAGGGUAUCAGCAUCAUUCAGAUUUUUUGUAUAAAUGUAAGAUGCACCUAUAACCAAUAUGUAAUCAGUUUGAGAGCGUAAAGCCCUCUGAUUACCUGUUGCAACUGCAGUGCAAUAAAUUGCCUCAAAAGAGAUUCUGAAUGAGUCUGUUUGAUUGGCUAAAAGGCGGACCCAAGGACGAACCGAAUUCACAUCAACCCCACUUCUGGAAGUUGAGGCUGGAAAGUCCCUGGAGGUUUCUUCUGGGUUAGGUCACUCCAAUGGGGUGCCCGUCAUCUUUCCAUGUGGGGAUUCAUGUCCAUUUUCCCACAUCAUCAAGGCCCUUUCCAGAUUAACCCCUACAACAGUGUCACAACCUAUCUGCUAAUUGUGUUUCCUUACUUCCUGUGUUGUGACACCACAGUCCCAACGCUGUCAGCAGGGUGCCAUUAACAUUUUGGAGGCCUUGUUUCCGAUUUUACCACUGCGAUUUAGUGCUAUACUGUAUGUCUAUUGCAAAAAAGUAGCUGCAUUUUCCCGUUGUAGGGAAAAUUUCCCAUUGUAGAUUCUGGGGAUCAGCUUCAAUUCAAUCCUGCCAAACCAAAGCAUUUUACCACAGUUGUAGCAGGUAAUCUGGAAAGCCCCCCGGAGACACUUUCUUUAUGCCAUGGGGAGGAGGCUGGCUUGGUUUCUCAUCCAUCCCAAAUAGCUGGUAUGAAACUUGCAUGAUUUUUUCAUUCACCCAGACAUUCAGCCAAGGGCUUCUUUACUUACUUUACUUAUUCAUUCACUUGUUAUUGACUGAUACAAAGCAAACAUCUCUUACUGUGACAUUUUGCUUCUGGCUGUUCAAAGUUAAGCAAAAGUGUGUGCGGCAUCUGCCUUGUCAUUUAGCAAAAAGCAGGCUUCUAACUUUUGAGGCCUGGAGCAAAAUUCGGCUUAGCAUAACCAGCUUCUUAACAUUACUAUGGUCGCCCAAAUCAGUUAUUCCCUUCUUCAACACUAACCAACACACUUGGUUCAGAAGAAGAGGAGUACCUCUGAUAAGGUGAAAUGGAAAAUAUUUUGGAGAUGAUUUUUUUAAAGCAACUCCUCCAAUUACUUAUGUUAGAAAUAUCACAUGUGCAUAGUUUGUGUAACAUGGAGGUUCUUUGUAUUUGUUUCUGUAUGUGUAUUCAUAAUUCUAUGAAGUGUGGUUUAUUGUAUUUCUGUAUAAUCUGUGAUGUAACAUAUCUUUUUAAAUUAUUGUUUUUGUAUCUGGAUGUAAUAAUGGAAACGUAACAGGUAUUCUAUAUAGUUUGAA